UCUUUGCUGUUUACAGAGAGAUGUGGAGGAAAUCACUGUCUUCACUUACCCAUAGACCUUUCUCUUCUUCCUCCACAACUGAAAUCCCAACUCUUUACUCUUUCCUUCAACCUACUGUUUUUGCCUUAAAGCCAAACCAACAACCAAAACAAGCCCAAGACUCCACCAAUUCUCAAACAAAAACCCUAACCCAAGAUCAAAAAACCACUCUAGAAACCACCCUUGAGAAAUCCCUCCUCACCCAAAACACUGAUGAAGCCUGGAAGUCCUUCAAGGCCCUCACCACCAACUCCACUUUUCCCAAUAAGCCCCUCACUAACUCCCUCAUUACAUACCUGUCUUCCUUGAAAGACACCCAUAAUCUCAAAAGGGCAUUUGCCUCUGUGGUUUUUGUCAUUGAAAAGAAUCCAAAGUUGCUAUCUUUUGAAACUGUGACUUCUCUUCUGCUUUCCAUGAAAAUUGCCAACACUGCUGCCCCUGCUUUUGCUCUUAUAAAAUGCAUGCUCAAAAACAGGUAUUUUAUGCCUUUUGGCUUGUGGGGUGAUAUGCUUGUUGAUAUUAGUAGGAAAAAUGGUAGCUUUGUUGCAUUCUUAAGCGUUUUCGAGGAAUCUUGUAGGAUAGCAAUUGAUGAAAAGCUGGAUUAUAUGAAACCUGAUUUGGCUGCUUGUAAUGCUGCACUAGAGUGUUGCUGUUAUGAACUUAAAUCAGUUUCUGAUGCUGAAAAAGUUGUGGAAACUAUGUCGGUUUUGGGGGUUCGGCCUGAUGAAUCGAGUUUUGGGUUUCUCUCUUAUUUGUAUGCAUUGAAAGGGCAUGAAGAGAAAAUAGAUGAGUUAAAAAAUUUGAUGGUUGAGUUUGGUUUUUCGAAUAAAAAGAUGGUUUAUGGUAGUUUGAUUGGAGGGUAUGUCAAGUCUGGCAAAAUAGACUUAGUUUCAGCAACCAUUUUGCGUAGUUUGAGAGAAGAUAAUGGGAAAGAUUUGGAUUUCAGUGAUGAAACUUAUUGUGAAGUGGUUAAAGGGUAUCUUCAAAAUGGGGUUAUAAAGAGUUUAGCUUGUUUGAUCAUGGAAGCUCAAAAGUUGCAGUCUUCCGUGAUUGAGGUUGACAAGUCUAUUGGAUAUGGCAUCAUUAGCGCUUGUAUUAAUCUUGGGUUAGCAGAUAAGGCACACAGCAUUCUUGAUGAAAUGAAUGCUCAGGGAGGUUCUGUGGGGCUUGGAGUUUAUGUGCCUAUCUUAAAGGCUUACUGCAAGGAGCUUAGAACUGCUGAAGCUACUCAAUUAGUUAUGGAUAUUAGUAGUUCAGGACUUCAGCUGGAUGCAGAAAUGUAUGAUGCACUGAUAGAAGCAUCCAUGGCAAGUCAGGAUUUUCAGUCGGCGUUUACAUUGUUUAGAGAUAUGAGAGAGGCAAGAAUACCUGAUCUGAAAGGGAGUUACCUUACCAUAAUGACUGGUCUGAUGGAGAAUCAACGGCCUGAGUUGAUGGCCGCAUUUUUAGAUGAAGUUGUUGAAGACCCUCGCAUUGAGGUGAAAACUCAUGACUGGAACUCAAUUAUUCACGCUUUCUGUAAAGCUGGGCGGUUGGAAGAUGCUAGGAGGACUUUCAGAAGGAUGACUUUCCUGCAGUUUGAGCCGAAUGAUCAAACAUAUUUGUCUCUGAUUAAUGGGUAUGUGACUGCAGAGAAAUAUUUCAGUGUUUUGAUGCUAUGGAAUGAGGUUAAAUGGAAAAUUUCAGGUGAUGGAGAGAAAGGCAUCAAGUUUGACCACAACUUAGUUGAUGCAUUCCUAUACGCUCUUGUUAAAGGGGGUUUCUUUGAUGCAGUGAUGCAAGUUGUGGAGAAGUCUCAAGAGAUGAAAAUUUUUGUGGAUAAGUGGAGGUACAAGCAAGCGUUCAUGGAGAAGCAUAAGAAGCUUAAAGUGUCAAAGUUGAGGAGAAGGAGCUUCAGGAAAAUGGAGGCACUUAUUGCUUUCAAGAAUUGGGCUGGUCUGAAUGCAUAAAUAUCGGCAGUAGUCCUGAGAAAUAGAGGAACUUCAAA